CUCAGAGAUCUUCAUGGUCAUCACCACACCGGGUUUUCAGCACAGACGCGCUGCUGCCUCUUAAAGCAGCGUUUCCACAGACAAAGACCAUCCGGAUUCGUGACUUUUUACGUUUAUUUAUUCUCCUCAGCAGCCCAUGCAAGGCUGCAGCGACAGCUCCAUCCAGGUUUGAAUUAUUAGACAAUCAUCAGUGACUGGCUGCGGAUCAGAUGUUGGGAGAUAAGGCUCACGCAGGUGUGACUCUGAAGGUGAUGGAGUACACGUACGACGAAGAUCUGGAAGAGCUGUGUCCUGUCUGUGGAGACAAAGUGUCCGGAUAUCACUACGGUCUGCUCACCUGCGAGAGCUGCAAGGGCUUCUUCAAGAGGACUGUUCAGAACAACAAGAGGUACACAUGUGCGGAGAACCAGGAGUGUAAAAUCGACAAAACCCAGAGGAAGAGAUGUCCUUUCUGCCGCUUCCAGAAGUGUCUCAGCGUGGGGAUGAGGCUAGAAGCGGUGCGAGCAGACCGCAUGCGUGGGGGGAGGAAUAAAUUUGGCCCCAUGUACAAGAGAGACAGGGCCUUGAAGCAGCAGAAGAAGGCUUUGAUACGAUCCAACGGCUUUAAGCUGGAGACCACCGCUCCUCCACCGACCUCUCCUCUGCAGACCGACUACAGCUUCACCGGCACUCUGCACAGCCUGCCCACCAUCUCCAAAAGCCUGCUCCCUUCCACCCCAAGCUCCAUCACAGCCCCCACAGACUACGAGGCCAACCUCUAUGGACCCCCCUCCCUGGGCAUGACCAUGCAGUCCCAGUUGUCCAUCACCACUCAGUACCAGUACACAGCCUUCCCCGGCAGGGCCAUCAAAGCCGAGUGUCCCGACUACACCAGCUCCCCCGAGUCUCUGACAGGAUACACCUACCCAGAAAUGUACCCCUCCGCCUCGCCACAGCCCCCCAGCCUGCCGCCGCUGGUGCUGGAGCUGCUGCGCUGCGAUCCGGAUGAGCUGGUGGUGCAGAAUAAGAUCGUGGCUCACCUGCAGCAGGAGCAGGGGGGCCGGAGCCGCUUGGACAAGCCCAGCACGACCUUCAGCCUCAUGUGUCGCAUGGCGGACCAGACCCUCUUCUCCAUAGUGGAGUGGGCUCGGAGCUGCAUCUUCUUCAAGGAGCUCAGGGUGGGAGAUCAAAUGAAGCUGCUCCAUAACUGCUGGUCUGAACUUCUGGUCCUGGAUCACAUUUUCAGACAAGUGCAGCACGGACAGGAAGAUAGUAUCCUGCUGGUGACCGGCCAGGAGGUGGAGCUGUCGUUCAUUCUGUCUCAAGCCGAGGCCACUCUCUCCAGUCUGGUCCAAAGGGGUCAGGAGCUGGCGGCCCGGCUUCGAGCGCUGCAGGUGGACCGCAGAGAGAUCGCCUGUAUGAAAUUCCUCCUUCUUUUCAACCCAAAUGUGAAGCUGCUGGAGGACCAGGCGUUUGUGGAGGGCGUCCAGGAGCAGGUGAACGGGGCUCUGCUGGAGUACACACUGUCCACCUACCCUCAGUUCCAGGAGAAGUUCAGCCAGCUGGUGAUGCGUCUGCCCGAGCUGCGCUCUCUCAGCACGCAGGCCGAGGACUACCUGUGCUACAUGCACCUGAGCGGAGAGGUGCCCUGCAACAACCUGCUCAUCGAGAUGCUGCACGCAAAGCAAGCGUGCGUGUGAGGGCUGCUCUGCCGUCACGUGUUGUUUCUCUAGGUGAGAGUGUGUGUAGGAGCGUGUGUGGGAGGUUGAGUGUGAGUGGGAAAAAAAAAUCAUAUGAAGAUUGACACAAUGGCUCCUCUUUGUGAGGGCUUUUUGUUUGAGUAAAAAAAGGAUAAAUGUUCUUCAGAGUUUGAUUAUAAAACUCCGUCUGCAUCAAGGUAGAAUUUCAAAGUCACUGUUUUCAUAGUGUGCAGCGCUUCAUAAAAUGAAACCUUUGUAAACUGGAUUUUGUACCCUCCUUUCAACAAAUCUAAAAUUAGAUUUGCUGUUAGAUUUAUAUUAUAUCCUUUUUGACAAAAUAUCACACUGAUCCAGCAUCAAAGAUGACCAGGCUGCCUGGGAAACACUCAGACUGGGAGGAAGGCGCUCCUCCAGCAUGCGCCAAAAACAUGUGGACAAGAGUGUCCACAGCUGCUUAAUUUUUGAGUAGUUUUAAACACUUUGACAGACGAAGACCUGCUGUACAUGAAACGAUCUCACUCCACGCUGUAAACGAGCUGAAGAUGUACACCCGCAGGGAUCUGAGGGUCAAUGACUGAUAAUAAAUCUUUCACAUCUUAUGACUCUUGGAUAUGCAACAAAAAUAAAAGUAUAGAUAAUAAUGAGAAAUGAUCACAUUUCGGUUUUGUUCAAGCAGGAAAAUACAGAGUUCAGAAAACUGAUCAUGGCUCAGGUUUUGAACAGACCAACAAAGUAAACCAACAUGUACCUGGAUGUGUUCUCUCUGACUCUCCCGCAUUCUUUUAGUCGUGCAAAAAUACAAUUAUAGCUCAUAAAUAAAUCCCAUUGUAGCUGUAAGUUGAACACAAGUCCAGCCUUAGCAAUGAGAAAAUCCUCCUCUCAAAAAAUUAAUCAGAAUUUGCUGACAACAAUCAUACCUGCCCUCCCUCCUCCCUAUGAAACAAGACCUACAAUAUGGCCUAAGACUUCACAUCAUUGCAAUAUGCAUACAGCCAAGAAAGCAUCACACACUUCAGCAGCAGUGAACAGCAUCCAUAGCUUCUAUAACCUUUCACCACUAUUAAAGGUACAAUGUGUAGAAUUUGGCUGCAUUUCGCCGAACAGAAACGGUGUACAUGGGAUAUAAUGUUUAUAUAUCAAUGUAAAGUAUGUUAAAAUAAGUGCACAAUCAUCCCCUUUA